AGGAACCAAGGAUAUGAAGAAGAUCCUGAUUACCAGACUUCCCCAACUCCCAGGGUAAAUCUGCACUCCCGGAACAUUCCAGACUAUCCAUAUUCCAGGAAAAAUCCCAACAACCUGAAGUCCAAGGACAAUGCAAAGUAUUCAAGCACUCACAAUUAUCACUAUCCAGAUGUACUGAACAGUCCAGAUUAUCCUGGAGCUGAGGACUACCUAGACCAUCUAGGCUUCAGGAUCAUCAGGAAUAUCCAGGCUCCCAUAAAAAAUUCAGCCUUUUCAAGAUCCCAAAGUGCUUCUGACUCAAGGCCUGGGAACAGUUCCCUCCAUUCAAGGUCCAGGCACAACCCAGAAUCCUUGGGCUUUCCCAUGAUCCCUGACUAUCCUGGGGCCAAGGGCUAUGGAGACUCCAGAGGGAGUCCAGAUGGUCCAGGUGCUGGGAAUAAUGCUUACAGAUCAAGUUCAGAGAAUUAUCCUGACUACCCAGGUUCAGGAAUUCCAGAUUAUAUGGGUACCAAGAACUAUUUGGGCUCCAGAAGCAAUCUGGAUUCUUCAAGAACCAGAAGUAAUCAGAGUAUCAAGGAUCCCUGGGGAGUUCCAGACUAUCCAGGUGCUGAAGACAUCAGUGGCUCUCUAGAUAAUUGGAGGAGUGCAUAUAACCAAGGUCGUCACAACAAUCAUGACUACACCUAUUCAGAGAACCCAGAAAGGGGCAGAGGAUUAACAUACUUUAGUGGUGUUCAGUCAGCCAACAAGCAUGUGUUAUUGAGCACAUUCUGUGUGACGAGAAACCGUGCCUACGAAGAAGAAAGCAGUCUAGAUGGAGAUUACGGAAAUCAGUCCUUGGGAAGAGAAGCUAAUUCAUUUGGAUGGAGAAGGAGCUGGUAUGAAGAUGCCCUGCGGUCAUAUGAUCCUGCUUUGGGGACCGUUGCCGACAGAUCCAAGCAAGAGGAAAAGUUGGUUGCAUCUCUUCUAAACUUAACACUUAGAGAAAGAAACAAAAUCAUCCGGAAUCAGCCAUUGCCCAUUCAGGAAAAGAGAAAAAUUAAGAAAAAAGUCCAUUUGGAGAAACAGAAAUCUGUCGACUGUGCAAUGCAGCCAAAUUGUUGUACCCAGUGCCUGAAUGCAGCGGCACUGUAUUAUCGGCGUUUUAAAACCAUCAUGUCAGAAUUUUUCCAGUCCCUGCAUGUGUGGCAGAACACCCUCAAGAUCAUUGGUAGCAAAUUUGGAACAAGCGUACUUUCCUACUUCAGUUUCCUGUCGUGGCUACUAAAGUUUAACAUUUUCUCAUUUAUAGUGAAUUUUAGCUUCAUCAGCAUCCCACAGCUUUUAGAAUCAAAGCCAAACAAUCUUACCUUCACCGGUCUGGAACUUCUCACAGGAGCAGGUUCUUUUCAGCAAACAGUGUUGUACUAUGGUUUUUAUACCAACUCAACCAUCAAGCACAAAGGAAUCAGCAACACCUCUUACAACAUGCAGCUGGCAUAUAUUUUCACAAUUGGAAUCUAUUUGGUCAUCUGCUUCUUUUCCUUACUCUAUAGUAUGGCCUGUUCUUUCCGGAAUAACUUCAUUAACCCCCACAUCUACUCCAGAGGGACUGCUAAGCUUGUCUUUUCCUGGGACUUCACCAUCACCCAUGAGAAAGCCGUGAAGCUAAAGCAAAGAAACCUUACCACUGAACUCAAGGAGAAUCUGUCAGAAAUCCGGCAUGAGAGUGUGAUCAUGCCUCUGAAGCAGCGGUUAUCUCAUCUUGGCAUCCACCUGACAGCCUGGAUUGUUUCUACAGGGGUGGCUGUUGCCUGCUGUGCAGCUGUUUAUUGUCUGGCUUUUAAUAACAUGAAGUUUCUGAAAGAAAAUAAAGGUGAAGAAGCCACCUUAUUGCUCCCUUUCGUGGUGUGCUGCAUCAAUGUUCUUGUACCGCUAUUAUACUCCUCCUUUGGGAUAGUGGAAAAGUUUGAAAUUCCUCGACAUGAGAUCCUAGUUAUCAUUACCAGGAAUAUCUUUCUGAAAAUAUCCAUUAUUGGGAUUCUUUGUUAUUAUUGGCUCAACUCAGUAGCAGAGUCUCAUCAUGAGUGCUGGGAAACACACGUUGGCCAGGAUAUCUACCGACUCCUUAUGAUGAAUUUUUUGUUUACUUUAUUUGACUCCCUUUUCGGGGAGUUUUUGAGAAGAAUCAUUGGGACUAAGUUAAUUAAAAGCCUUGGUGUGCCUGAGUUUGACAUUGCCAGGAAUGUUUUGGAGCUAAUCUACACACAGACCCUGCUUUGGAUUGGCAUCUUCUUCUCUCCUCUGCUGCCCUUCAUCCACAUGAUCACACUCUUCAUCAUGUUUUAUGUCAAAAGAGUCAGCUUAAUGAUGAACUGUCAGCCUCCAAGCAAAGCCUGGCGUGCCUCUCAGAUGAUGACCCUUUUUAUCUUCCUGUUGUUUUUCCCAUCUUUUACUGGGGUGCUAUGUGUCCUAGGCAUCACUGUCUGGAGGUUGAAGCCUUCAGCUCAUUGUGGUCCUUUCCAAGGCCUACCUUCCAUCAUUCAUGCAAUCUAUGGAUGGAUUGAGAUACUUAGCAGCAGACCUAGCUACCAAUGGGUAGUAUGGAUUUAUCGGAAUCUCAUCGGGAGUGUGCAUUUCUUUUUCACCCUCACCCUCAUUGUCUUGAUUAUCACAUAUCUUUACUGGAAGAUAAUUGAAGGAAGGAAGAUCAUGAUCAAACUCCUCCAUGAACAGAUCAUCAAUGAGGGGAAAGACAAGGUAUUUCUUGUGGAGAAGCUUUUAAAACUCCAGGAGUCCCUGAAGAAAGGAAAUACUUUCCCACUGACCCAAGAAAUGAGAGAACAAGAGGGGGAAUCUGGAACAGGCCUGGAUAGGUCAUCAGCAGAUCUGACAAACAGAAGCAGAAUUUCUCUUAGGAGGAACUCUAAAAUAGCUGGACAGUUAGAAUUAUCAGAAAGAAGCAACAGUUCCCUUAUGAAUCAGAAUUCGGCACUUAUGGAAGAACAUUACUUGAACCAUGAUACAAGACGACACAGUGGAAUAAUAGAUGAAGAUCCUUCUGAAGCCCUAAGGAUUGCCAUGAUGGCUAGAAGACAGUCAGAAAUGGAGAAAUGAGGGAGCACAAAAACAUUUACAAUUCACACUCUAAGCUUCCCACCAGAAGAAGGAUAUUGACCAUUUGCUGGAAGUAGAUGCAUUAGAAAAUAGGGGAUUGUC